AUGGACGCGCCUGGCGCGACAUCGGCGAAUGAUAGUGCCGUACAGGGCACUUCCGAGCACUCAACAUCAACUGCACGAAGCCGAUCACCUUCGGACUCAACUCAAGACACCCAAGACCGCCGCCAACCCGACGAUGACCACAGCUCAAAUGGCAGUGAUAGCGAGGAAGAGGAUGAAGAGAACGAGGAAGAUAUUUCAGACGAUGAAGACGAAGAAGAGCCCCGUCUCAAAUACGCAUAUCUCACGAAGCACUUGGGUUCGGUUUAUCGCAAUGGGGAUGCGACAAGCUCUUUCCUUGUAGCAGGCGACAAGAUGAUUGUUGGAACGCACAAUGGAAACGUCCAUGUAAUGUCUUUGCCUCUAUUGAAGUCUCUGCGUGUAUACCACGCGCACUCGGCGAGUGUCACCUCAAUCUCUAUUUCACCAUUCCCACCGCCUCUUCCGAACCUCAAGCAGGACCCCUUCAAGCAAGCGCAUGAUGAUCUUCGCCCCCCUACCCGAUCGUCCACGGGCACCGGCAAUAUCCACGGUAAAACCAGGACGAAUAAUACCUCAGUGCCUAACAUACCUUCGAACUCCAUUUACAUCGGAACCUCUUCAAUCGAUGGAAAUGUUUGCAUAUCGUCCUUAGUUGACCCCAAAGAUGUGCUAUUGCGUAAUUUCGGUCGCCCGGUCCAGUCGAUUGCGUUGUCCCCGGAGUACAAAACUGAUAGGACAUUUCUCUCUGGUGGUCGGGCAGGUGAAUUGAUAUUGACAACCGGUGGUCGUAUCGGAGCAAGCUCUAACUCGACAACAAUGGGAGGUGCGGCCGCGACAGCGUCAAGCUGGCUAGGAUCUAUGGGUCUAGCUUCCAAUAAUGGAAAGGAUACUAUCAUUCACAGCGGAGAGGGUGCUAUUAGCACUGUCAGGUGGUCCUUAUCUGGGAAAUAUGUGACCUGGGUAAACGAGGAGGGUAUCAAGAUUAUGCGGUCCAAUCUGCAUCUGGACUCUUCGGAAAGCGAAUUCGCCUGGAAGAGGAUCAGUCAUAUUGAUCGCCCGAACCGCCCAGGAUGGGAAGAAAUGGCCAGUGUCUGGAAAGCGCGCGCAGAAUGGAUUGACCAGUCUGCUUUAGACGGUCAUGACAACCUUGAUGUUAACGACAGCCCGGCAAGCUCAAAUGUGCAAUCGACUGUAUCUGUCGAUAAAGUUGAAAAGCUUGUCGUCGGGUGGGGAGGGACUGUUUGGGUUAUUGACGUGUACCCUGAUCGAGCAAGCAAAACCUCCAAGGGCGAGAAACUGGGCUCUGCUGAGGUUGUCACAAUACUGCGAACCGAUUGUGUUGUAUCUGGAGUUUCGUUGUAUACGCCUCGUCUUCUUGUAAUUCUUGCAUACUUGGAGACAGAAAGCGAAAAUGCGAAUAGCGGAAGGGGUACUGGAACACGCAAUCGAAAGCGAGGCCUAGAACCUGAACUUCGUGUUAUUGAUAUUGAGACAAAAGAAGAAAUCAGUGCCGAUACGCUUUCAAUCAAUCGGUUUGAAGGUCUUUCCGCAUCAGACUAUCAUCUUAGCGUCUUACCGCCAUGGAAGACUCCAGAGGGCCAAGUGGUUCAGCGUGGUGCCUUGGGGACACUUGGCUAUGGACUGUUGGAUGCUACUAUGUACUCUGCGCGUCUUUUUAGCUCAGGGGCUAGCAUCCGCAGUACCACAAGCAGCGGAGAUAAGGGCUCUGCUAGAGCUCCUCCGUCUUUCAUGUCAAAACACUCGGUCGAGGAAGCUCUUCCGAAGGAGGUACAGGAUGUUUCAGGUGCUCCUGGUGCCAAGAUCUUUGUCCACAGUCCAUUUGACUGCGUUGUUGCGGUCAAGCGGGAUCUUGCAGAUAGGUUGUCUUGGUUAGACUCUCAUGGUCAAUACGAAGAAGCCUGGAACCUUGUCGAUGAACAUCCUGAAGCCGCAGGAUCCAUACCCGACUUGAGUGAAAUUGUUUCAGAAGCUGCCGGCAGGUCACAGACUAGUCUGGGUGACUUUUUUGCAGAUGACCGAUCAUCAAUUACAACAGCUCGCCUACCCAAAGUCUCUGCAGCAGAACAAGAAAAGGCCCGACUUGGAGAGCUUUGGAUACAACAGCUUGUCAGCGAAGAGAAGUGGGUUGAAGCUGCCAAGAUAUGUGGUAAAGUCCUUCGGAAUGCUCCGCGGUGGGACCACUGGGCGUGGAUCUUCAUCAAAAGAGGCAAACUGGACGAUAUCAACCCGCAUAUUCCAGUUGACUUGAAUCCGUCGUUGUCUUCUGCCAUAUACGAAGUGAUUCUCGGUCAUUACGUAUCUCGAGAUCUGACCAAAUUUAAAGAAUUGAUUGGAAUUUGGCCAUCUGAUCUAUUUGAUGCAAAUAACAUUGCAAAAGUCAUUGAAGAACAACUGGAAUCGAAACCAGAGGGCGUUGGUUCCGAGGACUGGCGAAUUCUUACUGAUUGUCUCGCCAAAUUGUUUUUGGUUGGGGGACAUUACCGCGAAGCUUUGCGGUGCUAUAUUCGAUUGCAAGAUGGGGAUGCAGCAAUGUCGUUGGUGAGGGAACAUCGCUUGCUUGAUGCGGUCACAGAUGACAUUCCAGCUUUUAUCAUGAUUCGCGUUUCCAAGGAGCAAAUGAAGUCAGCCACCAAGGCGGAGUUGGAAGAACUGACAUCCGAGCCAACACGUCUCCUUGUCAGUGAAGCAUACACGGGUAUUGUUCUUCCAGAAACCGUCGUAUCCCAAUUGAUUGCGGCAGACCGAUACCUUUUCCUUUAUUUCUACCUUCGUGCGCUCUGGCGAGGCGAGUCUCUGCCCCAUGAUGCCUUGAAACCCCGAAGAGGGCGUGGGGCUCAUGCCCGAGAUGCGGCCAGUAAGCUGGCUGCCGACGAAGGCAAAGCAUUAAUCGACAAUUUCGCCGACACGACCGUCGAGGUAUUCGCAGAUUAUGACCGACCUCUACUCAUGGAGUUCCUCCAAACGAGCAUCUCUUACUCCUUUGACAAAGCCACCUCUAUAUGUGAGAACCGCAAACUCACGCCUGAGUUGAUUUAUCUCCUGUCUAAGAUGGGUCAGACAAAGCGGGCCUUGAAUUUAAUAUUGUCGGAUCUGAAAGACGUUUCACAAGCCAUUUCAUUUGCAAAGUCACAGGAAGAUCCUGAUCUUUGGGAAGAUCUUCUUGACUACUCGAUGGACAAGCCAAAAUUCAUUCACGGUCUUCUUGUUGAAGCCGGUACAGCCAUCGACCCGAUCAAGCUUGUGCGUCGAAUCCCGAGUGGAUUGGAGAUCGAGGGGCUAAGAGAAGGCCUGACUCGCUUGAUUCGUGAACAUGAUCUACAAGCUAGUAUUAGCCAGGGCGCGGCCAGGGUUAUGCAAAGCGAGGUUGCUCUUGGAAUGGACUCGUUACGAAAGGGCCAGCGUCGUGGCAUUAAGUUUGACAUCAACGAAGAUAAAGAAGACGACUCUAUCUUGACACCGACAGCCAAGGCCCAGAGUCAAGACCAACUAUCCCAGAAAAGUGGUGCCAUGAAGUUUACAGGCACUGGACAAGGAAGAUGUGGCGGUUGCAACGCCGCCUUCCGAGCAAACGAACGCGAAAUUCUCGUCGGUUUUGCCUGCGGCCAUGUAUUCCAUCUUUCCCACUUGCACGCAGAUACAUCACAACAACAAUCCGGCACUAGCAGCCCUGAUCGAUCCGGAGAUCGAACCCCCCGAGCCAUGUCUCCGAUCGACGAGCCUACUUCAACGACGACCGCUUCUCGUACUGUGGGCCCCAAAGUGACCACGGCAAGGAUCUUACGAGACAAGAUUGGUGAUGGCUGCCGGAUUUGUGCUUUGACAAGAGAAAUUGAAUCUCUUGGUGUUGAGGGUGAAGUCUAA